AGACCUCCUUCCUAUAUACAAAGAACACACAGAAAAGAGAAGAAAAAAUCUAUGGUAGUGGAGUUUAGUUGCUGUGGAACUGGGUUCUUCGUCCACAUUGCCAUUGCUAUUUUCCUGGUAUUGUUUGCCGGGUUGAUGUCUGGACUCACCUUAGGUCUCAUGUCUAUGAGCCUCGUCGAUCUUGAGGUUCUUGCCAAGUCUGGAAUGCCUACUGAUCGUAAGCAUGCAGCAAAAAUACUGCCAGUUGUGAAAAGACAGCACCUGCUGCUCUGCACCUUAUUAAUCUGUAAUGCUGCUGCUAUGGAGGCACUACCUAUUUUUUUGGAUGGUCUGGUAUCAGCUUGGGGUGCCAUUCUUAUUUCUGUGACCUUGAUACUUUUAUUUGGUGAGAUAAUUCCCCAAGCUGUUUGUUCAAGGUAUGGUUUGGCAAUUGGUGCAGCAGUAGCUCCAAUUGUUCAAGUUCUUGUUUGUAUUUGUUUCCCUGUUGCAUAUCCAAUAAGCAAGCUGCUAGACUUUUUGCUGGGACAUGGACAUGAUGCUCUUUUCCGCAGAGCCGAGUUGAAAACACUUGUGCAUUUGCAUGGUAAUGAGGCUGGAAAAGGAGGAGAACUCACAAGAGAUGAGACAACGAUCAUUGCAGGAGCACUUGAACUCACUGAGAAAAAAGCAAGAGAUGCAAUGACACCCAUUUCUGAAACCUUUUCUAUUGACAUAAAUGCUAAACUUGAUCGUGAUUUGAUGAUGUUAAUUUUGGAGAAAGGGCAUAGCAGAGUACCCGUUUAUCAUGAUCAUCCAGAAAACCUAAUUGGACUUGUCUUGGCCAAGAACUUGUUAACUAUUCAUCCAGAAGAUGAAGUUCCUGUGAAGAAUGUAACUAUUCGCAAAAUCCCAAGGGUUUCAGAGACAAUGCCUCUUUAUGACAUACUAAAUGAGUUUCAGAAGGGUCAUAGCCAUAUGGCUGUCGUCAUAAGACAACACGAUGACACAGAGCAAUCAGCUGGCAAAAGCACUAAUCAUGGUAAGCAACAAGGGUGUGCUUCUUUAGUCUCCAAGACAAUUCUCUUUAUGGAAACUAAUACAUGCCCUAAAAUACAAAAUAAUUUAGUGAGGGAUGUGAGGGUGGACAUUGAUGGCGAUAUUGUCGCACACAAACAAAGUUUAAAGAGCAACAGAUCACUCAAGAAGCUGAAGAGUCUUAGCAGCGAUACAAAUCUGCACAGGUGUUACUCAAAGCACAAGAAAUGGGCAAAUGGGGUUCACUCAGAAGUCCUGCAUAUCGAUGACGAUCACCUCCCAAGUCUCAGUGAAGAAGGGAAGGCCAUUGGCAUAAUAACAUUGGAAGAUGUAAUUGAAGAGCUGUUACAAGUACGUGAAUUUUCUCACCUUUGCUUUUCCUUUUUCAAAGAUAUGUUUAUCACAACAAAGAUUUCAUGCCCACUUAUCUUGCACACAGGAGGAGAUCUUCGACGAGACAGAUUAUCGUGAUGGGAAUCACUAAUUUCCUAACCAGAAUGACGGACUUCAUUUUGCAUUCAGAAGCCAAAACAUUUGUAAAAUUGAACCAGCAGAAGCUGGGCUCAGUAGCAUCAUUAAUGUAGCUAUCUGUACUCUCUGCUUGCUUUUGUUACUGCUGAUCCAUACCUUUGAUGAUUGACAGCCAAAAAAUAAAACGGAAAAAAGAAGACUUAGGACUUUUGAACAA